GUGCUAUAGCUUGUGCCACAUCGAUAGUCCAAUCUCCAUCCGGACAACAACCCCGAUCUAGUCUUGAUCUCAUAAUGUCUAGCGAUCCGACGCUCAAAACAGCAUUCCGAGCAUCACCUCGAUCGCUGCAUCCAACGUAUACUGGAGGUCCGGUAGCAAUCACCAGGGAUGGCAAGUAUAUCAUCACGACGUUAGGGGACGAGCAGGAAGAGUUGUUGGUAUCCGAGGUAGAUGGUGGGAGGGGUCUCGCAAGGAUCAAGGGGGACGGCACCCCGUUAACGGCCAUCGCGCUGUCAUAUCACACCUAUCCACCUACGCUCAUCACCGCACACCAAUCGCUCUCUGUGCGGUAUUACCCUCUCGACAUCCCCGAACUCACUUCUGAUCAAGCUUCAGGCUCUUCUUCGAACAAAGUCUUCAAAUUAUCGAACGCAACAUCACCCGCUACGCUGAAGAACGGCAAACUGAAACUCCCCUUCCUCUCCUAUAACCGACAAUUGACCAAGAACCAGACCCAUCAAUCCCCCAUAAUCAGCUUAUCCGUCUCCCCGCCUCUUCCCACUUCUUCCCACUCGAUAGACGAUAACGGAAAUGAGACGGAGAAUACCCUGUUUGCCACCGGAUCCGCUGAUGGAGUGGUGAAAGUCUGGGAUACCAAGGGAGGUUUCGUCACGCACGUCUUCAAGGGGCACGGAGGGGGUGUUUCUGCCGUCGGAUGGAGGUUCCUCGAGCCUCUUUUGAGCGGGACGUUGUCGGCCGACCUGAACGGCAGGGAGAAUGGGAACGGGUACAUGAACCUCAACGUCAGGUCUCAAACUGCAGGAUCGGAUCAAGAGGGAAAGAUCAUGCAGCUCAUAACCGGGUCCGUCGAUGCCCGAGUGAGGAUCUUCAACCUCCUCGACCCUGCCCACCGAUCAUCAUCCUCCGGGGGUGGGAAACCGGAAUACAUCCUCGAGGGACAUGUUAGCGUCGUCCGGGGGAUAAGUAUCAACGAGACGUUUGAUCACUCGGACGAACAGGAGGAAGAGAAGGGCAGGUGGAUGGUUACCGCGGGGAGGGAUCGGGUGGUCCUGCUUUGGGAUUUCGGGAGCAGGUUGGGUUCUCCUGAAGAAGCGAACAAUGGGGGGAAAUCAAAGUCCAAGAAGAACAAGGGCAGCGUUACGAGUGCGCCAAGGACGGUACAGACGACUUUGACGAACGAGACGAUCGAGUCUGUCGGGUUUGUCGAUCCCCGGUCACUAUCGGUUGCCGAGACGAACAGCCAGAGAAGAGGUCUGGUAGCGUUUACUGGAGGAGAAAAGGGAACGGUCAGGAUAUGGGACGUUUUGCGCGGGAAAGAGGUUGGCAAGAUGGAUGGGCCCGGCGGAAGGGGAGGGGAUGAUGAGGAUGAAGAGGAGGAAGAAGAGGAUGAUGAAGAUGCCGAAGAGAGGGGGAUCAGGGAGGUCCUAUAUAGCAGGGAAAGCAAGCGGAUCGUCUCGGUCCACCACGAUCAGAAUAUCAUCUUCACUUCCCUCGAGACCAAACGGAUCACCCGGCAGAUCAUCGGUUUCAACGACGAGAUCAUCGACAGCGUGUACCUCUCGCACCUGCAAACCGAUCGAACGGACAGUCAUAUUGCGUUGGCCACCAACUCGUCCCUCAUCCGUGUUUACGAUGUUGAAACGAUGGACGCUAGGUUGAUCCCCGGUCAUGCGGAUAUCGUACUCUGCUUGGACGUCAGUGCGGACGGACGUUGGUUGGUCUCUGGGUCCAAGGACAACACCGUCCGGGUCUGGGCGAAAGACGCAGCGAGCGGAUGGCGGUGUAUCGCCAUUGCCGAAGGGCAUGCCGAAUCCAUCGGUGCCGUCGCUAUGGCCAGAAAGACCUCGCUGCAUCAAGGAAAAUUCAUGUUCUCGGCGUCGCAGGACAAGACGGUCAAGAUGUGGGACCUCUCUGUCCUUAGCACGGACCCUGCAGAAUAUCCUAGAGAGCCCGUCAAGCUGAAGAGUCUGAUGACCAUGAAGAUCCACGAGAAGGAUAUCAACGGGCUCGACGUUUCGCCCAACGAUGGAUACCUCGUGUCGGGAUCGCAAGACAAGUCGAUCAAGGUCUUUUCUAUCGAGUUCACGGAGAGCAAGAGAAAGUCGGGUGCGGCUAGCAAUGAAGGAGGCUUCAGUGGGGCUUCCGGUGCCAUUCGGUUGGUCGGGACGUGUCAAGGACAUCGACGAGGGGUCUGGGCCGUCAAGUUUAGUCCGACCGACAAGGUUAUUGCUAGUUGUGGUGGUGACAAGGUGGCGCGAAUCUGGUCGCUAGACGAUUUUACUUGUGUCAAGACGUUGGAAGGUCAUACGAAUUCCGUACUGCGAGUCGACUUUAUGACGCAAGGACGUCAGCUCGUAUCAACGGGAUCCGACGGUUUAGUCAAGAUUUGGAACCUUCGGGACGAGGAGUGUGUCCGAACACUGGAUGGACAUGUCGACAAGGUCUGGACGCUCGCGAUCUCACAGGACCAGCGCACAAUCAUGUCUGGUGGAGCCGAUAGCAUCUUGAACCUGUGGGAAGACUGCACCGCCGAGGUCGCGCAGGAGGAGAUCAAGAAACGAGAAGACGAGGUUGCCAUAGAGCAAAAUUACUCGUCAUACCUCGCCUUGAACGACUACAAGCGUGCGAUUCAGCUCGCACUUGCCAUGGCUCAGCCUAGGCGGUUAUUGAACCUCUUCGAAAAAGUACAUAACAGCCGGCCCAGACCGACGGACGAUUUGACGAAAGGCGACAAGGCUGCGGACUUUACCAGUCUUACAGGUUUGGCGGCGGUGGAUGAGGUCCUGAGAAUCCUGUCACCAAAAGACCUCGUCCGACUGCUCAAAUACGUGCGAGACUGGAAUUCGCGGGUUCACACGAGCGUUGCCGCUCAGAGGGUCCUUGGUGCCAUCUUGCGCGGUCGCAAGGGCGAAGAGCUGCGAGAAUGUUUCGAAAAGGCACGUCGGUUUCUUGGCAAGGCGUCCGCAGAUGAAGAGGACGAACCCGAAGACGAGGAAGCGGCUGUUGCUCUUGAAACACAGAAGAAGCGCAAGCCUACUCGGGCAGAAGAGGAACUGAUAUCAUUACAGGACUGGCUGGACGGGAUCGUGCCGUACACUGAACGGCAUCUGCAGAGGCUCGACCGCGCGCUGGUUGACACCUUCAUGCUGGACUAUGUGUUGGGCGAGAUGGACGGUGGUAUUCUGGACGGUAUCGAUGAGAUAGAUGAAGGAGAACUCGAUGGUAAAGAUGGAAUGGAGGGAUUGCUUGACGCAAUGAUGAAUGAGCUAGAGCCCGACGGUAGCGCCAGCGUAGACGGCAUGGAGAUAGAGUGA